UGCGAGAGUUCAAUGCAACAGGACAGCGAUGGAUCAGAAGCUUCUUCUCGUCCUCAUGAUCUGUGGAAUAUACUGUGUUACAGGUUUGUACACGUCAUUAGAGCCUUCUAAAAAAAUCUUCUUCGUGAAUGAAUCCAAAACGUUUGUUGAGGCUCAGCGAUACUGCCGAGAGAAUUACACUGAUCUGGUGACUCUGGAGGACUGGACAGACAUGGAGGAGCUUCUGGCUCUUGAAAACGUCAUGAGCUCUAAAUCCGCCUGGAUCGGCCUGAAGAAAACGGCGAACGAGCAGUGGCACUGGGCUCUCGCCGAUCCACAGUUUUACAAGGACGGAGAAGUGGAAUACAGAAACUGGGGACAAAGUGAACCAUCUAACCUCGCUGAUGAGCGUUGUUCAGUAAUGGAUUCCUACGGAGAGUUUCAUGACACGAGUUGUGACACAGACAGGAGCUUCAUAUGCUACGAGCCAGACCUCUUUGGUGUGAGAUAUAGCAAUUAUAUAUUUGUUAAUAAGCCAAAGUCCUGGAGAGAAGCUCAGACUUACUGCAGACUGUAUCACAAAGAGCUGGUCAGCGUGAGGAACCUGGAAGAGAACCGUCAGAUCCAGACGCUGGUACCUGAAGGAAAUGUCACAUACAUCGGGCUUUUCGAGGACGCUUUCGUCUGGUCCGAUAACAGCACGUCUUCAUUCAGAAACUGGCAAUCCGGUCAACCGGAUGGAUCAGGAAGUUGUGUGGUGUAUUUACGACAAAACAGACUGUGGGAUGAUCAGAAGUGCAUCGAAGUAAAACCUUUCUUCUGCUACGGCAGAACAUUGUCUAGACAGAUAUUGAGACUGAAGUUGGAAUCGGAUCAGAAUGUGAAUGAUCCUGAUAUAAAGGCGGCCAUCCUUGAGGAGAUUAAGCAGAAACUGAUACCUCCAGAUUUGUCAGUGAAUGCAAAUCUGCAAUGGAUGCAGCAAGCGAAUGGAGACGUCUUCCAAAGAGAAGAGAAGACGAGAGAAGAGUUAUAAUAUUAGAUCACAG